GCCACAAGAAGAACAGCGACCUCCAUCGUCAUCUCCAUCUUCGAAUUACAAUGUAAAAAUGAGAGUUUCGCAGUGCGCAUGCGCGAAAUGACUCAGGAAGAAGAUGGCGCAGCAGCUGUCCGCUGAAGAAUUCUCUCGUCUGCAGAGUCAAUUGAUUGAACUGCGGACAGAGAAUUAUCAGCUUCGGGAGAAAGGCUCGAAACUUGAGACAGAGGUCACCGGCUUACGGAGUAAAGUAACCACCCAAGAUCGCGAGAUCCAGCUAAAGCGAGUUACCAGUCUUCUGCCGAUCAGCAAGAGUAGUAAGAAACAGAAGCAAGACUUUGAGGCAACUUUGGAAGAAAAUGAUGCUUUGUACAAGAAAGUCGAGCGGUUGGAAGAUGAGCACCGCAAACAACAAUCCACGUUGAUGCAAGAGCUGGCCAAGGUUCAUGAUGAACUUGAACAAACACGCAGAGAACGUGACAGGUUGCGUGGCGACGGCACCGAGCCUGGUGCGGCUGCAGCAACCGUCGGUAGCGUCUCAGCAGCGCAUAGCACUGUGGAUGUUGACGACGGAGAGCUCAGGCAUUUGCAGGCCCAGAAUGCCGUCCUGCAGAAGACGCUGACGUCUACGCGAGAGUCCAUGCAACAGCAGAUACAAGCUCUUGAAGCAAGACUUCAGGGAGACAGUGCUGAUGGUGCAGAUGCAUGCGCUCUGGCUUCUGCCUCGGAAGCUGACCAGCAGCAGGGCAUACUAUCGGCAGAAGUGCAGAUGAAGCUGGACACGGCCCUGGAGGAAAAGAGAUUAAUUGAAGAGCGCUUGAAGCAACAGAUGGCACGGCACGAAGAGGCGUUAUCCAAGGCUCAAGAAGAAGCUUCCAAGUGGUCGGAAAAGGCACGCAAGAAGCAGGACAGCCUUCGUCAACUGCAAGAGGAAAAAGACACACUGAUUCGAGACAAUGACGCGGCGGUGGCAUCUAUGCGAACAUCUCAUGAUGAAGAGCUCCAGCGUGUUAUGCAGCAAUCUGCCCGAAUGCAGCAAGAGCUGGGAAACGCCAACGAAGAGCUACAUAGUUUGCGUGAUACGGAGACUUCCCUGCGCUCACAAGCAGCAUCCAGUGCAAGCAGCGCCUCCAAAACAGAGGUGGAACUUCGGCAGACCGUCGACACCCUUCGGCAAGAUGUUGCACGUCUAGAAGACGAACUCAAUACUAGCAUCAGCAGUAAGCAGCAAAUUGUCAUGGGACAGGUUGAAGAACUUGAGACCACCGUCAAGGAAUUGCAAGGAAAGAUCUAUCAGACUGAGAAAGAGCGCAAUUCAGCGAUAGAGGAGCGAGACGAGUCCAACAAGGUGGCAGAGAAGCGGAAACUGCUUGCUGAUUCGCUGGCUAUCGAGAAGCAAAGCCAUGCAUCUGAAGUGCACCGCAAGCUAACAGAACAAAGCUCAGCCUAUGAAGCUCGUCUCGAAGGUGCCAAUCAGCAGAUAUCAGACCUGAAAGCUGAUGUGUUGCGACUUUCACAGUUUGAAGAUGAACUGAAAUCAUUUGGCAGUGUACGAGCCAAGCUUGCAGCGGAGGAGGAAAAUCGAGCCCGCCUGGAGAAGGAGUUAGAGGCCCAAAAGGAGACUCUAUCUGCGGAAGUUUCACGUUUGGAAAGCGAGCUAGCGCAAGUGAAUGAAUCGUUAGCAACGAAAGAUGGAGAGAUUGAAGAGCUUCAGCAGGCUGCUUCAGAUGCCGAGGGCAAGAUCAGGAUAUCGGAGAGAAAAUCCAACGCUCUCAUGAAAGAUAUUCGCCGGCAGUUGGAGCUAGAACGUAAGCGAUCAGAGCGACUGCAGACUGCGUUAAGCACUGAUUCAGGAACCCCUGUAGGUCUGGCUGCAGCAUCAUCAACUACAUCAACGCCUAGUGGCGCAACACCUGAAAUGGCCAAGAGAAACAGACGCUUUGAAAAUCUCUUCGAUGGCUUAGCUAGCGAAGGCAGCAGUGGCGGACUUUUCCGACAUCGCUCGAACAGCAAUGAAACGCUGUCUAAUUCUGGCGAAUCUGCAUCAGCGGCUGGCUCUGAAGAUGUGGGAUCUCUUUUGAGUCGCAUCACUCAGCUCCAAAAGGACAAGUGGAAUCUAGAGGAGCGUGUAUGCCACUUGGAGCAGAAUGCUGCGUCUCUGGUUGAGGACGUGCUGCAAAAGUCAGCUAUCAUCAAGUCGCACAUGAUGGAACCUAAGGCAGAUGAUGCUUCAGGAAGCAUUCCAGUCACACGGACGCCUUCUGCUGCGACACCGACGAAAAUUGCUCCGAAUCUCCUCAGAAAGCUAACGUCGCCCUUGAUCCGAUCUAGUCAUCCUGAUUCUGCAAAUACAUCUGGCACCGGUGGGUCGUCUACGGAAACAUUACGCUUGCAACGCUUGGUUGAGGAGACUCUCAUCAAGAAUCUAAGCUUGCAGCAGAAUGUUGAUAUGCUCUCCUCGGAAUUGACUCGUCUUCAACAAGAGAAAGAAGUUUUGGAGGAGAAGCUAGUGCAAGCAUAGUUAGCAAGUCCUUCCCUUAUCGUUCUGUGUUUGUGCUGUUAUACCUGUAUGCUCAGUUGUGUUGCGUCUGAAUAUAUCUAGGUAGCGAUUGAUGUUGUCGUUGUCAUUGUUGUUUGUAGCUCUUAGCUCCCAACAUAGUGACCAGUUGUGUCCUAUCAUGGAUUCGUUGUUGAUUUAUUUCUCUCCGUCACCUGUGUACAUGUCUAUUGCUUAUGUGUUUGUGUGUGUGUGUGUGUGUGUGUGUGCUCGUUCCAGCGAGCAGUUUUUCAGCUGCUGUAUUGUACUGUUGUCUGGCAUGUGUGUUGUCCUCUCUGUCGGCUUCGCUUGCCUAUUCUUUGCCGUCUUCUUUUUAACCACGGAUGUUUUUUGUUUUGUUUUUAAUUAUUACGUUCUUGAUUGGCGUACUGAGUUGCUUUUCAAACCUAGAACUGUUUAUUUCUACCGUAGAGCUGACUUUUAUACCGUUUUCUAACGUUAUUGGUUUUAAAUCUUCCCUGGCUGUCCCCCCAUUGCGGCAAAUUAAUUUCAACUUCAGCGCAAGAUGUUUUUAUUUCACUAACCGAAAAGAAGAAAUGAAAGAGAAAGUCACCAGAUGCGUCCGGUACUUGAUAUUUCCAGCUUGUCUUAUGGAACUUGCUUUCAUGUAUCUACCUUUUCCUGCCUCCUACCCUGAGUUUUCAGUAGAAAUGUGCUGUUUUCUUUUCGUUGUGCAGGCUACAGAGCUGGCCUGUGGUCAUGUAGCAAGAGUUUGUGUGUAGUAAAGCUUGGCAAGCGUGAAUGCGCUGAUGCUUUGCAGCCUGCAGGAUCAUUCUGUCCAGUGAGCCAUUGCUUGUUACGUCUACAGUACAGUACUAUGCAACUCGUUCAGAUCACUCUACUUAUAGUGCUGUAUGACUUUGCUGGCUUGCUUUGUUCAGUGUAUGGGUUCUCUAGCUGCUAGCAUUGUGCUGUUUUCAUGUGCAGGUUCAUGAGUAUCUAGACUGAAUAUUCUGGUCUUCCUCUAGACUGAAUAUUCUCCCAUUCUGCCAUGUCUACGAGCUCCUAUUGCUGGAUGUUACACUGUAACACAAUAAUACUUACUGGCUCGGGU